AUGUCGGACUUUAAAGAGCAGUUUCAGCAGAAGUUGGACAACUUAUUACAGUCUAAGAAUGACAAUAUGGUCAUUCCUCGGAAAGAGAAACGUGCACAGUGGAUAGCUCAGCUGCUUAAAAUUGAAAAGGAAGGGCCUAAAACCAGCGAUGACUAUAAUAUGAAAAAAAGAUUCGAAAUUCUCAGAGUUGGUGACGAUGACCGACUUAUUCGGAUGCGUAAAGGAUUGGAAAGUGAAUUUAAGUUUAUAGUGUGCUUUAAGGAAGUUCAUCAGGCCAUUUCGGUCGUGCAUUCAGCUGUGGGUCAUGGCGGUGAAAAUAAAACUUUCAAAGAAGGACAAAAGAAACGGGCCAAUUUGACUACGCAGUGCUGCCAGAUGUUCAUAAGUUUUUGCAUUGAGUGUCAAGAGAAGAAAAAACGUAGAGUACAUAAAGGUCUGGUGGUGAAGCCUGUUAGAAGCGAGACUAUUUUUUCUCGAUGCCAAAGGUGCAGUUGA